CCAUGCAACAUCAUGAAGGUAGUCAUAGCGGGAAUAGCGGCUCUAGCCUGUCUAUUUCUUUCUACUACAGAAGGAUCGGGGCGCUUAUUUGAAAACAAUUGUGGGACAAUAAAGGACUCGAGCAUGGGACCAAAGAUCGAAAAUGGCCGAAAUGCUAAUGAAUUAUCCAAUCCGUGGAUGGUUGCGGUGUUCGUGGGCAAUGUAUCUAUGUGUGGAGGCACUUUAAUUAGCUCUCGUUUUGUUUUGACGGCAUCGCAUUGCAUUGAUAUGAAUUAUAUGAAGGUACGUUUGGGCGAAUAUAACAAGAAGAAUUUGGAAUGCGAAUGCGUGGGUUCGAUUUGCACACCACGGGCCAUCGAUAUAGAUGUCGAUAAAAAAAUUAUGCAUAGGGAUUAUGAAGGCAACAUAAAUGACAUUGGUCUACUUCGCAUGAAAAAUGAGGUGACAUUCACAGACAAAAUAAGACCGAUUUGCCUCCUCGAUAAAUAUCCAGAGGAACCCAUUGCACAUUUAAAAAUUACCGGUUGGGGUGAAAAUGGAAUUGGUGAGACACAACCCAUCCUACAGGAAGCCACCGUAGAAAUCUAUGAACGUAAGUGGUGCAAAAGGAAAUUGAGCAUGGAUCCCCUUGAUGUGUCAAGAAUAUGUGCCGGUGAUACCGGCGAAUUCAGCUCCGACUCUUGUAAAGGAGAUUCUGGUGGGCCGUUGUUCGCAUAUGUAAACGAAAUUGGACGGACCGUCCAGUUAGGUAUUAUCAGCAAAGGCAUUAACAGCUGUUCAGGCCUAGGAUCUUAUACAAAUGUCACGCACUUUAUGGACUGGAUUUUAGGUGCAGUUGAAUACUAUAAAGUUUAAAGUACAUAGAGCUGGGCCGAUUAUCAUUAGUAAUUAAAAUUUUAUAUGCAACCGAAGAAAUACAAUUUGAAUGCAUUGUUUUUUUUA